AUGACAGUUCACUUAUUUUUAGAUGCAUAUUUGUUCUUUUUGAUUAACCCCAAAAGUCUUUGGUGGAAGCAAAGAAACAGAUAUCUGUAUUUUAAUAGACCUAAAGUCUGCUGGAGGAUAAAUCAUGCCACUCACCUGAGAAUUUUUCAUACAAGCGAGCCUCAGUGUAAAUGGGCCAGAAGCAAAACACUUUGGUAUAGCAAAUAUAUUUGCAGCCAUGACUUUUUAUACUACAGAGUUGCUAAACUCUUGACUUCUUCUUCCAAAGGACUUACAAAAGUGAACAGUCACAUGUCACGAAUUAAGAAUACUCUAGAAUCUGUUUCAAAGGCAGUGUCUGGCACUCACAGUGAACUGGUUUCACGGAUAGCCCGAUUGAAGUCACACUCAGGUACUCUGGGAAAAGCAAAGAAAAGUAAUGGAGAUGCAAACCUAGAAAAUGAUAAACAAGUCACAGAUGCCAGAACUCAGGAGGAUUGCAACAGAGGCCCAGCUGCAGGGAAAUCCAGUUGUGCAAAUGGAAACUUGGAGUCUGCGUUAGUAAGUUCAAGUGGCACUUGCAGAGAUACCCCAGAAGAUUCAGCGUCUACUAAAAGCCACCUUUUUCAUGUAAGCUACUUUUCUACAAGUUUUGGAGAGACUUAUAACUUCAUAGCUGAUCAUAUCAACUGGUACUUUAGUAGUAAUCCUGUUAUGGAUCAAGAGAGAAAAAGGAAUGCUUUAUUACAGGACUGUCAGAGUGAGGAGAGGAAUAAGCUUGAUUCAUCAGAAGAUACUGUAGUGAGUGAAGAAAAGACAGUGGAUUCAGCAGCUACUUUAGCUCCUGAAGCAGAGACUCUAGGUGCUGAGAAGCCAAGUACUGCUCUUCCAGUUUCCACUAAAAAAACUAUUGCAAACUUUCUUUCAUAUCCCAGUAACAGUGUACAAGCUUUUGUGGACAGUUACAUUGGCGGGUUGGUUCCCAAGUUAAGAUCCGACUCAAAAGCACUUUCACAAGAAAAGACUAAACAAGCAGAACAAGAAGUGUCUGAGAAGGGCGAGGAGGACAAAGCAAAAGAGGUUAAGGCUGCAGAAGAGAAGGAAAAGCAUCUGUCUCUUCAGAGAGAAAAGAUUAUUGCAAGAGUGAGUAUUGAUAACAGGACUCGAGCUUUAGUGCAAGCCCUACGAAGAUCCUCUAAUCGAAGAGUCUGUAUCAGCAGGGUUGAAGAACUGACCUAUCACCUUCUAGAAUUUCCAGAGAGCAGAGGAGUUGCAAUUAAGGAAAAAAUAAUCCCAUGCCUACUGAGACUGAGACAGGCAAAUGACGAAAGUCUUCAGGCUGCUGUUAGAGAGACUUUAGCUAUAAUUGGAUAUACAGACCCUGUGAAAGGCUGGGGAAUUCGAAUCCUCACUAUUGAUGGAGGAGGAACAAGGGGUUUAGUUGCACUUCAGACUCUACGGAAACUAGAAGAACUAACUGGAAAGCCGGUUCAUCAACUUUUUGACUACAUCUGUGGUGUAAGCACAGGAGCUAUAUUAGCUUUUAUGUUGGGGUUGUUCCAUAUCCCUCUGGAUGAUUGCGAAGAACUAUAUCGCAAGUUAGGAUCAGAUGUUUUUAAGCAGAAUGUCAUUGUUGGAACAGUCAAAAUGGGUUGGAGCCAUGCCUUUUAUGACAGUGAUACGUGGGAAAAAAUACUCAAAGAAAGAAUGGGCUCAAAUCUUCUGAUUGAAACUGCAAGAAAUUCCAAAUGUCCAAAGGUAUCUGCUGUAAGCACCAUUGUAAACAGAGGAACACCACUGAAAGCAUUUGUUUUUAGAAACUACAACCACUUCCCUGGUGUUAAGUCUCAUUAUAUGGGAGGCUGUCAGUAUAAACUGUGGCAGGCCAUUAGAGCAUCAUCUGCUGCACCAGGUUACUUUCAAGAAUAUGUUUUGGGCAACUAUCUUCAUCAGGGUCUCCCCAUCCCCCCAGCAUCUCCAGCACGGUACAUCUUAUUAUCUCAAAAACAUUUUAAUCAAAAACUACCCGAAAUAAGCACCAAGUUUGGGAGGAGUGAAGGGGUUCAAGCUAAAAAUGGAGUAACGCAUCAG